AAAAUGAGUUUCGGGGCGAGCUGGUGAACCAGCGGUGGACACGAGGCGAGAGGACGAGCAGCCGCUGUCAGGCCUCCCAGAGACUGCAGAGCCGCCGACCAAUCAUGAUGAGCGUGGAGGGUGACGACAAACGAACUCGCACUCGCUCAAAGGGAAUCAGAGCUGCUAUUGAGCUCGUAGGACAAGAGCUGAGCUGCCCCACCCCUGGAUGCAAUGGCUCCGGCCAUAUCAGUGGGAGAUACUCACGACACCGCAGCAUCCUGGCCUGCCCCGUCGCGAGGAAGCGCCGGCUGGAGGAAGCAGAGCAGGAACAGGAAACGGAGAGGCCCGCCUCCAAGAGGAAGUCCCACCCCCUGAAACUGGCUCUGGACGAGGGAUUCAGCGCCGAGAGCGACGCCAGCAGCGAGGCCGAGUCCGAGAAGGAUGGAGGGAAGGAGGAGGAGGCAGGAGAGGAGGAAGAGAAGGACACAGGCGAGGAGGAGACGGGAGGGCGCCUCCUGCAGGACGAUCAGAUGAACGGACAAGAGAAGGAGACGCCACAGGAAGAGGAGGAGACACAACUGGCAGGUGAUGAAGAGGACGAGUGUGUGAUCAUCAAGUCUGAGCUCGGUGCAGCAGCGGCCGAGGAGCAGCGUCCUCCCUCUCAGAGCGCCGAGGAGGUGGCCGACUCCCUUCUCCACCUGGGUCGGGUCUCCAGCGGUGAUGUUGAGCGUGCGGCCGUUCAGCAGCCUGUUGCCAUGGAGACCGAAGAUGUCGGCGUGGCAGCUGAACGGGGUGAGGGAGUAAAGGACCAGCAGGAGGGGGACAUGAGUGAGGGUAGAGAGGAGGAGGAGGAGGCACCAAGAGGUCACGUGCUGGAGGAGGAAGAGGUGCAUGUUGACAUGAGGAACCACGUGAGUGAAGGAAUCCACCUGGACCAGAUCAAAGGUGAGGAGGAGGAAGAAGAGGAGGAGGAGAUGGUCGUGUCGGUGCAGCAGACACAGAAAACUCCUGCAGGAGACGAGGAGGAGCACAGGAGCCGUUUCCUCUCCAUACCUGAUGUGCCAUCUGCGGUCCGAACCAUCACCAGCACAGCAGCCGCUCAGGGAACACACUUCAACAUCCAGGACCACAGUCCUCUGGAGGACUACAUCAGAACCGGUCCGCUCAAUCUGAGCCCAGUCCAGAACCACAAGAGCAGCUACAGUUCCCACAGGACCAGUCCUCUGGAGGACUACGUACAUGUCCCCAGAGGAGACGACUAUAAAAUCCACAAGGCCUCCUCCUCGGCCUCUCCGGACAUCAUCGAGGUGCAGUCGGAGGAGAAGGACUUCGACGACUUGGACGAAGACGACGAGCGGGACGACGAGGACAGCCUGUCGCAGCGCUCCGGCGUCACCGAUGAGUCGGAGAUGUUUGACAUGACCCGAGGGAACCUGGGCCUCCUGGAGCAGGCCAUCGCCCUGAAGGCCGAGCAGGUGAAGCUGGCUGGACCCAGAGAGCUGCUCCGCGCCCCGGAUAUCCACCACCAGAGAUACUUCACCAUCGAGGACCGGCCCAAACACCUGGAUGUCCUCCGGAAAACCUACUUCAGCAAAGAGAGGCCAGAGAAGAGAGAGAACAAGUGUCCCACGCCGGGCUGCGACGGGACGGGUCACGUGACGGGUCUUUACCCCCACCACCGCAGCCUGUCGGGCUGUCCGCACAAGGACAGGAUCCCCCCUGAGAUUCUGGCCAUGCACGAAAAUGUGCUGAAGUGUCCGACUCCCGGCUGCACCGGUCAGGGCCACGUGAACAGCAACCGCAACACUCACCGCAGUCUGUCCGGCUGCCCGAUCGCUGCAGCAGAGAAGCUGUCCAAGAGCCACGACAAGCAGCAUGUGCCUCAGCCGGGCGGCGAACUUCUCAAAGGAAGUCCCAACGACAGAGUCCUCAGGCCCAUGUGCUUCGUGAAGCAGCUCGAGGUGCCUCAGUACGGCAGCUACAGGCCCAACAUGGCCCCCUCGACGCCUCGCGCCAACCUGGCCAAGGAGCUGGAGAAGUACUCCAAGGUCUCCUUCGAUUAUGCAAGCUUCGAUGCUCAAGUGUUCGGGAAGCGCAUGCUUGCUCCAAAGAUGACCACCAGCGAAACUUCACCCAAAGCCUUCAAACCUAAGCCCUCGUUCCCCAAGUCACCGUCGCCCAGCCUCACUCUGCACGCGUACGGAAAGAGUUCCACCUUGGCCUACGACUACUCCCACGACGCCGAAGCUGCUCACAUGGCCGCCACCGCCAUCCUUAACCUGUCCACACGCUGCUGGGAGAAACCCGAGAACCUUAGCACCAAACCACAAAACAAGGAAAUGGACAUUGAGGUCGAUGAGAAUGGAACCCUGGACCUAAGCAUGAAGAAGCCCAUCAAACGAGAGGGCAGUCUGUCAGGCACCAGCCCGGGGGUUCGAUCCCCAGAUCCUUCGUCUUCCUCCUCCUCGUCAUCCUCCCUCCAUCACAGCGGAAACAGUGGAGUGACGUCGCCAAACCUGCAGACAUACAAGCAGGAGGACUGGGAAGGACCUCUGGAUUUCACCAAACCCAACCGCCAAAGGGAAGAGGAAACGGACGAGAUGGAGCACACUGCCCAGUCAUACGUCUCAUCGGACCCAGAAGACUGUGACCUGAUGCAGGACUGCCUGGAGGACAGGAAGUACCCUGGAGAGGUGACGACCCCCACCUUCAAAGUCAAGUUUCAGCCCAAGGAUAGCAAAAAAGAGCUGCUCUCGUGUCCCACACCUGGCUGCGACGGCAGCGGACACAUCACCGGAAACUACGCGUCCCACCGCAGUCUGUCUGGGUGUCCUCUCGCUGAUAAGAGCCUCCGGUCCCUCAUGGCGGCCCACACCCCUGAACUCAAGUGUCCCACUCCAGGAUGCGACGGCUCGGGGCACAUCACAGGAAACUACGCCUCCCACAGGAGUCUCUCUGGGUGCCCGCGUGCCAAGAAAAGUGGAAUUAAAACUCCUACCAAGGACAACCAGGAGGACUCGGAGCUUUUAAAAUGCCCCGUGCCGGGCUGCGACAGUCUGGGCCACAUCAGUGGGAAGUACGCCACGCACCGCAGCGCCUACGGGUGUCCGCUGGCGGCCCGCAGACAGAAGGAGGGCCUCCUGAACGGGACGCCCUUCAACUGGAAGGCCUUCAAGACCGAGGGGCCCACCUGCCCCACCCCCGGGUGUGACGGCUCCGGGCACGCCAACGGGAGUUUUCUCACACACCGCAGCCUCUCAGGUUGUCCCAGAGCCUUGUUCGCCAAGAAGAAGGCCAAGUUCCCUGCAGAGGACUACCUGAGCACCAAGUUCAGAGCCACCGACGUUUUGGACAACGACGACGACAUCAAGCAGCUCAACAAAGAGAUAAACGAUCUGAACGAAUCCAACAACGAAAUGGAGGCGGAUAUGGUCAACCUGCAGACUCAGAUCUCCUCCAUGGAGAAGAACCUGAAGAGCAUCGAGCACGAGAACAAGAUGAUCGAGGAGCAGAACGAGGCGCUCUUCGUGGAACUGUCGGGUCUGAGCCGGGCCCUGAUCCGCAGCCUCGCCAACAUCCGCCUGCCCCACCUGCACGAGCCGAUCACGGAGCAGAACUUCGACCGCUACGUGAGCACGCUGACCGACAUGUACACCAACAAGGACUGCUUCCAGAGCCCGGAGAACAAGGCCCUGCUGGAGAGCAUCAACAAGGCCGUGAAGGGCAUCAAAGUGUGAGGCUCCACGGUGGAGGAGACGCUGAGGAACUCCACGAUUCAAAAAACACACAAAAAGGGAAUUCAGGUUAUUAAAAAAACGACAACUUUAAAAAGAAUCAACCCAGGGAGCGCUCUGUCCAAGAAAAGUGACCAAAACUCACGCCGCGCUGCCGCAGGACCUCGUCGGAGGAACCCCUCAGGCAGGACGGGCCAAGAGGAGAAUCAUGUUCCAAACGUUUACCGGAUGGUUUGUAUUUUUGUUACUUUUGGCUGGAGUGACGCUGAAGCCGGACGGGAGGACUCUGGUGGCGGUUUGUAGCACUCGCCGCGGCGCUCGCUCAAAGUCCAACACAUCAUGUCCGAUCCCUCCGCCACCCCCCCCCCCCCCACCC